AGAGGGUUCUUACAUCUUUAAUGCAUCGUUGUUUUCUUACAUCCCUACGAUCUAUUCGAAUCUAAGCUAUUAGGAUUAAGUAAUUGACAAGCUUGUAUGAAACGAUGGAAAUACCUAUACAAGUAGCUGUGCGAAUUCAAAGUACACGGUUGCAUCACAAUAAUAGGUUAAACCCUAUGUCUAAUGGCGAUAGUGACUGCAAUGUAAUUAACAACAGAAGCAGCUGCAAAUUCGUGUCAGUAACCAAACAGAUACAAAGUAAUGAAACAUCAUUAGUUUGCGUGGAGUCGACGUUGUCUGGCGCGGACGUUAUAAAAGUUGGCAAAAACACCUAUAGUGUAGGACAUGUCAUCAAAAGUGACACUUCGCAAAACCACAUUUAUCAGCAAUCAGUAUUUCCAUUGAUAAGUCUUUUUCUGGAAGGAUUUGAUGCAUCUGUAGUAACAUAUGGCCAAAAGGCAACAGGGAAAACGUAUACAUUGUAUGGAAAUGGAUUUGAAUAUAUCUACAGUGAGACCGAUCAAGGAGUGGUACAGCAUUGCGUACGUGAUAUAUUUAAUCAUGUGAAUCGAAGUACAGAUCGAACAUUUGUAGUUCAUGUGGGCUUUGUCGAAAUCUGCAACGAUCAUAUACGUGAUCUGCUUGGGGUUGGCAACGUUCAUUGCAGCAAUGUUGAAGAAGUCUUCCAUUGGCUGCAGGUUGGACUGAGCUUAAUGCAAAAAUCUUCAACAGCUGUGCACACGCUCUUCACAUUAACUCUGGAGCAGCAGUGGGUCUCAAAAGAUGGAUUCCUACAGCAUCGCUUGUCCACAGCCAGCUUUUCAGAUUUGUGCGCUAGUCAACGUUGGCGCAAUUCACGGCCAGGUGACACUGGUCUGCAAAUGCUUGAGCAAGUAGUUCACAGUCUAAUCGAUCCCAUAAAUUUGCAAGGUGAAGAGCGUAAUAUUCCAUAUAGUCGAUCCACACUGACUACACUUUUGAAGGAUUCUUUUGGUGGACGAGCGCAGACAUUAUUCAUAUUAUGCAUAUCACCAUUGGAACAGGAUAUCGAUGAAACUUUAGGAAAUCUGCAGUUUGCAACUGAAGUUCAGUCUGUUCGAAACUACGUUAUCAUGAAUACGUUUUCAGAUGAUAAUAUGCCCAUAUCACCAGAGGUGGCCCCCUUUAGUGCGACCUCUUCGGUCAUAUCGUGCGUGGUACCUCCAAAAGCAGGCCACUUUGGGCUGCAGUUUGCAGCAAGUCAAUGGUUCAAACUUGUAUCUAAUGCUGAAGGUCUCUUUUCCAAAUUGAUCACUUCCAAUGCUUUAUCUGAACUGGAAAAGGAGCAAAUUGAAGAAUGGAUGUUUUUGAAGCAAGAAUGCGAAGAUUGUCUCGAAAGCUUUAAUUGCAAUAUUCGCGUACAAAAGCCACUAGUACCGAUACAAGAGGCUGAUGAGCUGGACAUAUCGGUUCAACAAGAUUCUGACAAUGAAACAGAUACAGAAUCUCGCCCUGACUUGGUUGAGAAACUAGAUAAUAUAAUGGACGAGUUCUGCUUGAAAACAGAUACACUGAUUGAAGCUAAGCAUACAGAAUUCCUGAUCAAGCAACCUAAGGCUGUAAUGGAAAGUCAAGAGAGUUUUACCAAGAAGAAAUGUGACGAGCGGGAGUUUACUGUAGGCUGUCGACGCCGUUCAAUUAAACCGGGUACCAGUUUAAGCAGCACAGAGCUAGCCAUGCUUUCCCGUAUGGCCUCCAAAGAGAUUGAAACGACAAAGGAUCACUUUACUAAAGAAUAUCAACGCUCAUUCAUAAAUGACUUACCAUCAGCAUGUGAAAGUAUACGUAUUUUCUCCCAUGCUGGAUCUGAAUACAUAGAAAAAAAACUGCGGAAAGUGAAAGCUGCAAUUGACGUGCACCAGUGUCAAUUAAAAGAAAUUGAGCAGACAAUGCAGCUUCAAAAAAAUUAUAUAAGCGAGGUGUUAAAAAAUAGGGAAACCCGUAUUCAUGCCAAACAGCGCUUUCAUAAAAAAAAGGCCAAGCUGGAGCUUGAACUCGAGAAUACUAAAAAACAAAUGACAAAGGCAUUGGUACAGGGCAAGGAAAAGUGUGAAAUUGAUCGUCUGCGAGCUGUAAUAUCACAUUUAAGUCUGCGCCUAGAGGAUCUGAGCUCCAUGAAGCAUAUUGCAGGCGACAGUGAAGAAAAAUUAAAAAAACUGCAGCAGUCAGUAAGUGAAUCGCGUAAGCAAAUGGAGGAACUACAAAAUAAAAUUAACAAAGAGAGGAAGCAACGCGAGCAAUUGGAAUAUCAGAUUAAAACGACAAGAGAGCCGCACAUUAUGUUGGAUAGAGCAGAAGCAAUAAACGGUUUGGCGACAAUGUCAUUGACAAAACAAUUGAAUAAUGAAGAGCUACAGACUGUACAGGACCGUCUUACACAUCUUGAUCACAUUCUGCGCGAAAAGUCUGAGAAUUUGCAACGCGAUGAACAGGAAGAAACCCUACGCCACGAGAUACGAAAUUUGCGACGCACUCGAGACCAUCUUGUGGAACAGCGCUGUUCAUUGGACAACAAGCUAAAACGUGAUAAAAUACUAACGGAUUUUGAAGAGCGAAAGCUACUAGAAUGUGAUGAGGCCAUUGAAGCUAUAGAUGCGGCCAUUGAAUUUAAAAAUGAGAUUAUUUGUGGUCACAGGUCCAUCGAUAUCAGUGCAUGGCAUAACCGUGAACAGGGGGAGCAAAUGUUGAUGGAACGGUUAAAUAAGUUAUCUCUUGAGGAAAUGCGAACACUUCUCUACAAGUACUUUAUUAAAGUCAUUGAUCUGAAAGACUCAUCUCGCAAGUUGGAGAAGCAGCUUAAUCAUCUCGAACGCGAACGAGACGUCUGGGAGCAGAAGGAGCGUUUACUAUCGAAUGCCGUCCUACAAGCGCGCUUAGAGGGCAAGCGUAACGUUAUAUUUCUACAACGUCAAUAUGAAAUGAAACUCACUCUUUUUAUGCGCCACUUAAGUGAAGAGGCAUCGGCUAGCUCAACCAGCUUUAAUAAAAGUAUCGGCGUUGAUGAAGAUAUGCCUAUAGUCUUAGGAUCUGUGCAAAAGCCACCAUACUCAACGCAAAACUUGCAACUUAUACUCAAUGCACCCACAGCAGAAGUAAACAAUGAUUCUAGAUGUGUACCGAAAAUAGCGACGCGAUAUGCGUCAACAAUGAGUGCCACAACUGCGUUUGUACAUCCAAGUUGUUCACCGAUUGAACCAACAACUACAUUCGCUAAAGUAACGAGGCGGAAAAAUAAGAUCAUUAUACAAGAUGCUUCGCGCAAAAUCAAUGAAAAAGCACCUGCUGGUCUAAGCAAUAAUAGAAUAUAAAAUA